AUGAUCACUACUGGCAGGACUGGAGCUAUGACAACUAUAGCCCUCUUUCUUUUUGGGAUGGCCCCAUUGUUUAAUUCAGUGUCUGGGGCUACCUGUACAAGCAACACAUGUGUUGCCUCCAUGUUCACUCUAGCAACAUGUAGUGCAACCACGCACCUUUGUUCUUGUGAAGCUGGUCAUGUCCCGGUCCGUACCGGAUGCGGAAAGAAAUAUUCCAAACCAAAAGUGAUUCUCCCGGAUGGAUACAGCUUUGAAGUAUUGGAGGGAAAGAAUGCAGAAUUGAAGUGUUCCACAGAUGCUCCAUUUGUUGACUGGUAUUACGACAAUGGUACUUUCGUCACUACAGGCACGACCUACACUCUUGCAUCGUCCUCGGCUGCUAAUGUAGGAAAAAUUAAGUAA